AUGGGACGACCGUUCAGAGUUCUGCUGGUCUUCAGUCUCGUGUUGGUCUUCAGUCUAGUCUUGGCCACUAACGCUCAAGUGAAUCUUCAAGAAACAAACCAUUUCCUCUUCGCUGCUCCUGGAGACAGCAUCACUCUGCCCUGUUUCAACAAAGAUUUCAACAAACAGAACCUGACUUUUAAGAUCCAGCAGUCAGAAAAUGAGGACGUAGAUCGAGGAGAAUCUGUGAGUUUAAACUGCAGCGUCCAGACUGAGAGCUGUAAUGGAGCAUACAGCGUUCACUGGUUCAAGAAGUCUGAAGAAUCCACAGCAGGAGUUCUCUACAGUCGUGGGAAAAAUAGUGAUCAGUGCGAGAAAAGCACGGACAGUCCAACAAACUCCUGCUUCUACGACCUCCACAUUCAUAACGUGAGGUCAGAGCAAACUGGGACGUACUACUGCGCUGUGGCCGCCUGUGGACAGGUCCUGUUCGGGAACGGGACCGAGGUCAGGAUUAAAGAUGGUGUUUCAGAUGGAUUUAUUGUGAAGGUGUUGAGUGGAGCCUUGGCGUUGGCCUCAGUCCUGGUGAUGCUUCUGGCUUUCUCACUGAUCAGAGCCAUGAGGAAAAACAAGAAGGUUUCCACAGAUGUAAAGUCCAGAGAAGAGGGGACCUACCUCUGUGUGGUGUCCGCCUGUGGACACACUCUCACUGGGACAAGGAUCCAUGUGAACGUAGAAACCACAGUUCUCUCUGAGGCCGAGCCCUACACUCUGAUUGUGUCAGUCGUUGUGCUUGGACUGGUGGUGUGUGUCCUACUGUGGGGGAUUUGGAGAAGCAGCCAGAAAAGAGAAGUGAAGCGCUGUGACCAUCGGCCUCUCUCCACUCAGCCUGACGACGGCCUCACGUACACAGCUGGGGAGUUGCAGUCUUCCUCCAGGUCGACCACAGCGAGACUCAGGAGAGACCGAGACUCGUACACAAAGGUCUGGUACUGUCACUGCGAAUGA